UCGGGCAAGUUGUGAGGCGAGGCAGUCAGUCGCUCUCAGCUACAACAUGCAUAACGCAUGAGAGACAGUCGCAUCUUUGCUCUUAUCCGUAUAUUUUCUUUUUACUCAAAAAACUAUGAAAUUAUAUUCCGUCUCGCUUAUUCGGGUUAUCGUGUAAACUACAUAAGGACAUAUAGUUAACAAAUAAUUUGACGUACUGCAGUUUGUGUGUAACCAUGGUGUUUUUGAAUAAUUACCACUCACGAAUUUAAAACGUAGUGAUUCGACAGCGUUCAGUGGGAUACUCGCUGGUUAUUUUUGUGUGGCGACGUUCGUGAAGUCGUGUUGUGCUCAAAACGUUCAAUAAGACGCGUCGGAAUUCAAAACAGCAGAAAAUUUUCGUAGUGAAUUUCAAACCAUUCGACGAUUAGUUUUAUUGGGCAAAAAAAUUUUAAUGAAUUCAUUGGUUCAUUGGUUUUAAGGAAACGGUGAAUCAUGUGGAAAAGUGGGCAACCCAAUAGAAAUAUACCCGGAUGACUGUGUGCGAAAAAGGAGUACAUCAAUAACAGAAAAACCAUUGAUUUUUUUCUGAUUUCCCCGUUCUACAGUGAACUACAUAAAAAAUAGUGAAUUUGUGUUUUUUUUAGUUCUCUUCGAUUUUCAUAACGAAAAUGGAAAAAAACGUAAAUAGAGAUGUAGUGAAAAUCGCGACUACGUGGAGCCUACCACCGAACAUUGGUCAUGAAUGAGACUUGAAAAUUUUCAACAUUUUGACAUGAACAAAGACUAACUUGAGACCUAUGUGAAACGGAAAAAAUUCAAAAGUUUCAUCGCUCCACUCUCAAUCAUCGAUACGGAUAAAGAAAAUUGUAGGUCCCUCUUCGUAUCUUGCCGAAUUCCCAUAGUCCCCGCAUGAAAGGGUACUUCACAUUAUAAUACUCAGGAUCAUUGAAUUCGACUUGAAAAAAAAAGUUGCAUACACCACCUGAAAAGCUGUGAGGACUAAAAGCCCCAGUGAUUAUAAGUUAACAGAAUAGUGCAGCCGUCAUCAGCAAACAAAAUAAUCGAAAUUGUUUGUUGUUGACAAGGGAGUUGGAGAACCGCAGCCAGCAAGUGGUGCGGUUACGAUUGACUGGUGAGGGAGUAGAUGGCAACUACCACGUACAUGCCGGUUAGUAGCGCAGUGUCAGCCGACCUGGACGGUGGUUCGGGUACAGCUAUCGGUAUGAACAUCGCUGUAGGUGGCUACUCAUCGGGUUCGCCCCGCAGCGCCGCCGACGCCGGUGAGAUGAAGUACAUGCCGGCGCCGCAGCAUCAUCAUCAUCAUCAUCAUCAUCACCAAGUGUCAUCGUCACCUUCGCCAAAUGGUCUGACUCAUCCAACGAGUUUACCAACGACAAAUCCAUGGGUUAGUCUUCAACCAGGCAGCGAUCCAUGGGCAGCAUCGAUGGGAAUGCAUCAUACGACUCAUCAUCCACACCAUCAUCCACACGCUCAGGGUAAUUCGAGCUUGGAUGUUAAACCGUUGGCAGCCGCUGCGACGGCAACUGAAUCUGUCCAAGGUAUGCAUCACCGUGGUCCACAUCAGUCACCUGGAAUGGGGUCACCACAUUCAUGGCAUGCACCAGUUGUACCGUCGGCUCACUACAAUCCAAGUGGUGGGGCCGCAUCACCAACUACACUACAACAGUACCACGCUGCAAUGAAUGGUAUGCUACAUCAGCAUCCACAUCAACAUCCCCAUCAACUUCACAAUCAUCAAACUGGUCUAUCGCAUCAUCUCAGGGAUGCUCAUAAUCACAGUCCACCGGCCGGACAUCCACUCCACGCUGGUCAUCCACUAGACAGGGAUCACAGCGCCGGUGAAGAAGAUACACCGACGUCUGAUGAUCUCGAAGCAUUCGCGAAACAGUUCAAACAACGACGUAUCAAGUUAGGUUUCACCCAGGCUGAUGUUGGUCUUGCACUUGGUACACUGUAUGGGAAUGUCUUCUCACAAACGACGAUAUGCAGGUUCGAAGCUUUACAACUGAGCUUCAAAAACAUGUGUAAAUUGAAACCCCUUCUGCAAAAAUGGCUUGAAGAAGCAGACUCAACGACAGGUUCACCAACGAGUAUCGAUAAAAUAGCGGCGCAGGGUAGAAAAAGAAAAAAGCGAACAUCGAUCGAAGUAUCAGUUAAGGGUGCACUAGAGCAACAUUUUCAUAAACAACCAAAACCAUCAGCCCAAGAAAUAACCUCACUUGCUGACAGUUUACAAUUAGAAAAAGAAGUUGUCAGGGUGUGGUUCUGUAACCGUCGGCAAAAGGAGAAACGUAUGACACCGCCAAAUACACUUGGCGACGGCAUGAUGGACGGCAUGCCACCUGGACACCAGGGACAAGGUUUACAUCAGGGCUAUCAUCCGCAGGAUCAUCUCCAUGGAUCGCCAAUGGGACAUAGCCAUAGUCCACCAAUGUUGAGCCCUCAGGGUUUAACAGCACAUUCUCUUGCGGCUCACUAGCGUUCGCCGGGGCCUCCCCCGCUGGGCCUCGCCAUAACCUCGCAAUCGAAUUCAACAACGAGUCCUGAUGGACUACCACCCUUUUAUCAUCACUACCUCCAGGCACGGACCACUGGAUAUGGUGCUUCGUAGCUGCAGUGGCAGUGCCAUCGUCAUCAAAACCAACAACUGGAACAACACAUACAGUUUAUAACGAGUCAGUUGGAUAAUGACGAUCUGGAUGAUAAUUAAUAAUGAGUUGAUAUAAAAAAGAGGGUUAUUUUCGAUACGGGGAUGAUAACGAGGCCUUAACCGGAGCACCGGGGAGGCCGACGCAAGUGUUUCUUUUGUGUCCGGCUUUAUUGAUUAUUGACUGAAAAACACCAUAGGGCCGUGAUGAUCACAAGAAGAAAAGUUAAAAUAUUCUACAAAGUUUUUACAACUCUGUGAAUAAACUCAAAUAAACAAAUCCUGUAAACGAAGUAAAAAAUGAAAUUUUAAAAACUUUGUGUAGGCGAAAGAAAUGAUACAAGUCAAAUGGCAAGGAGUAUUAAAGUCGGGAAAAGGUUUUAUCCCAAGAACAACAAUGAACACUCCAACUAAAGAGAAAAAACUAUGCAUAAAUAAAAUUUGAACGGACCUUGCAAACGUUAUUGUAACAUCGUCGUUCCCAACGUUAUUGUUGAUAACUUGUUAUUUGUUUGUUCCCUGUGACGUGUGUCUCUCUCAGUGAAGUGCUUUCAACGUGAUAUAUAAAUGUUUCAUAGAAGAAAAAACACCGUCCGAAAGACAUUACGACUCUCGAGACCGUUGUGCAAAAGCUAGAAGAUGUGGACAAAAUAUCAUAUUUUUUUUCUUUAUUUUCAACUUCAGCUGAAAGAAAUGAACCAGUGUUGUGUCAUUUUCAUUUUUUUUCUAAAGACGAUCAUGUAAACCGUGUGUGUGCUGUCCGGUAACUGUUGAACCUCUCGACUCUCUUUUCUUACCGCGUAAUAAUUAACUUCAUCGAAAAAAAACGCCUGUAUACUGUGUUGAUAAUGGACAACUUCGAAUCUAGCAAUAAAGUAAAGAAAUUUUUGAAAAGAAAACUUUUAUGCCGUCAAGAAGUUGGCUCGCUCGACCCAGUCAGAGUUUUUUCGGUCAACUAGUUCGUGGACGAAAAAUCAAAAUUCAGUUCUCAAGUCUCCAGUGGUUGCGGAGAUAUUAGAAAGAUGAAUUUUUUAAAAAAAGAAAGAAUUCAAGACAAGACGAGACGCGAUCACAAGAAUCUCAUUUUCAUGAUCUAAGAACCUUGCACAAGAGGGUUGCACCAGAGACAGUUUCUGAUCAACUAAGCCCAGCAGCCGCAAUCAAAGAUGAAUACAAAUAAGAAACGCCAAUCAGACCUCGAAGAAACAUUUUCAAUGUUUUAAUAUCAACCAGAAUGGACCAAUCGUCUCAUAAUUAUCGGCCUUGAGAUGGACCAGCCAGAAAUAAUCACACAUCAGGCGUUUUAUAUUAUUGCAAGUUACUUAUUUCAUCACUGCAUGCCUGUACCCGUGAAGGAAGCUGUUGCGUGAAGAGAACAAUAGAAAAAUACAGCAGAAGGAUUGGUUCAAGAUUUAGACAUCUCAACAUAAUGAAAAUUCGUGACGGAAACCAGAAAAAAAUGAUGAAUCAGUGUAAAAGGUCAUAUUCACAUUGAUGUUCAAA